UUCUUACAGAAAAGUCUCACAUUCCUCUCUGUCGCUCCAGGGACUCACAGCUCUCCAUAUGGAUUUCUAUACCUUUAAGCUGCCUUUGCUUAUCAUUCUGGCCGCUCUGGGAUGGUGUUCCGAGAGCAGUCCGCUUGCAGCCGACAAAAUCAAUGGCGUUGUAGGUAAAAACGUGACCUUCAAAACAACAAUCACCUCGACGGCUGACAUUCUAACCGUAACAUGGACCUUCAACAAAGGUCAGCCAAUCGGGAUGGUCACAAUCGUUCCCUCAGCGAACAAUGUAAAUGUUGACCCGGCGUACGUCAACAGAAUCAGCUGCAACAAGACAACGUUUCAGCUUCAGCUUGGGCCGCUAGUCAAGGGGGACACAGGGGAAUAUAUUCUCACUAUAGUCACUACCAGUGCAAAGCAGGAGACGGGACAGAUUUAUCUUGAGGUUCUUGAGCCUGUAACCGAUGUUAAGAUAUCGUCAGAUGUCUCUGAACCUGUGGAGUUCAACAGCACUGUGCUUCUUACCUGCUCUGCUAAAGGCUCCUUUACAUACAAGUGGAUAAAUGGUUCGGUUCCUUUAGUGGUGGAUGGCACACGCAUGCAGCUUAACACUGCCGGCAAUGAGCUAAAGAUUUCCGAAGUCCGUCGUACAGAUCUUCUAGGACCCAUUUUCUGCAUAGCAGAGAACGCACUGGAGUCUGGAAAGAGCGCGCCGUUCAAUCUCACCGUGAGCUAUGGCCCUGAGAACAUCCUCAUGAAUCAGUUUCCAACAGAUUCAUACCUCAAGAAAGGAUCUAGUUUAACACUCAGUUGUGCCGCUGAUUCAAACCCUCCUGCUUCGAUCCAGUGGAUGUUUAAUGGAGUGAAUCUGCCCCUGAACGCCAUGUCUUCCCCAGCCAACUUCACUCUCAACAGCUUAGAGGAAAAAAAUAGUGGAAACUAUACCUGUGUAGCCUACAAUGCAAAGACCAAACGCUACAUUGCCUCGCAGGUUGCAUUUGUGACGGUUGUAGAGUCUUUAUCUGGAACAAACAUCUCCAGCUCCACAUCAUUUCUCAUCGCUGGCAACAGCACAGUCAACCUCACCUGCUCUGCGGCCGCUGGAAGAGCUGAUACUGUGGAAUGGGUGAAGGACGGCAAACCUCUAAAUCCUGAUUCCCGCAUCGUUUUUUCAGCUGACAAGAAAUCUGUGAGCAUCGAUAAAGUAGUUAAAGAGGACAGAGGCGAAUACAGGUGCCUUCUGAGGAACAGAGUGAAUAAAGAUGAAGCCAGCUACAAUUUAAACAUCAAUUACGGUCCAGAAAAGGUGGAGGUCAAAGGGAAGCACGCGGUGAAGUUUGAAGACUAUGUUGAGUUAUACUGCACUGCAGAGUCUGUCCCUCCAAGCACAUAUAAAUGGAAACUCAACGACACAGCACUGAAUACCAGCCAACAGGUCUACAUUAUAAAUAAGGCUGAAGAUAUAAACAGCGGCAUGUACACUUGUGAAGCAUUCAACAACAUCACAGGAAAGACGGACAAAACGACACACAAACUCGCAGUGACAACGGACGGUAAAGAAGACACCGGUCUGUCUGGAGGAGCGAUCGCUGGUAUUGUGAUCGGUGUGAUUGUGGCUGUAAUCAUCAUCGCUUGCAUUAUAAAGCGCAGGAAGAAAUCAAGCACAGACAUUCCAUCCCCGUAUUAAAGCGAGCCCUGGCUGUGAGGUGACCUGAGCAUAUCUUCAAGAUCAACCCUUCAGUCUUUUUUUUAUCAAGGCAACUGGAAAAACUGCUCUCACAAGUGACAGACACCCGCCGGACUGGCCUUUUCAGGAGCUCAACGUGUUUUUAAAUGUCCAUUGUCUCUUUUUUUGUGUUGUUUACCCAUUGCAAACGAACCCCAAUCUUAAAGACGCAGGUAAACAGCAAGGCCGUUUACCUUGAUUUACAUCUCUUCCUUCCCUUGGCUGAAGUGGACAGCUUUCUUUGUUCUUUGAGAAACAUAAUACGUCCUCCAUCACCCUCUCAAUCCUUCAACCCACAGGUCAGUCAUCCUGGCUUGACGGGGUCACUUUGAAGGAGCUUUAUUUUGGGUAAAGAAAUCCACCAUGAUGUGUUUCAGAUCUCAGCGUACCCACAAGGCACUGAAAUACCGAGAUUUUAAGACCUGUUCGGCAUGCUCUGAAGUCCCAAGGCAAUGAAGAUAUGCACGGCUGAAGGCACUGCUGAGUUGUCGAUAGCUUGGAAAGCUUCUUAACACCUUUGCUACGUUUUGCUACACUUUUUCUCUUCCUGGGUGUCUUCUUGAGUCAUGCACAGAGGAAGGCAAGCUCCAACAUGAUCGAAUCAAGAAGCGGGAAGGGAGGAAAGAAAAAAAAUGCAUUUCUGCGGACCACGACAUACCACAUUGAUGGAGCGAAAUUACUAGUCUGUCCCCACAAAGAUUCGUCCCGCUGUAAUCAGGAUUCCAUUGGAUUUGUGUACUAAAACAGGCCUGCUUUAAAAAUUCACCUUGAGUUUAGGUACCAAAAGCUCUGCAGUUUUUAAAGAACUAAAUAGUAUUUUUUUUUUAAUGUUUGGUUGGCGUAUCAUGUAAAAAUUAAGUUCUUAUUAUCAACACAAUCCCAGAUCUUUCUUUUAAUGUUUAUUUUUUUAUCUUUUUGGUCUUCAACCAAAGCAGUUAUCUUGAUGAUCAGAUAUAUUUUUUUACGUAGAGAUGCAUCUGUAAAGGAUCUCAGCUUGGUUUGUUUGUUUGAAGGUAAAACUUUCUUAAGUUCUUCCCAUGUCCCAUUUUUUUAAUAGUCCAUAUUUUAUGUUAUUAGAGUGCAUAAAACCGCAAAAUUGCCUCUGCUCCUGUUUGGUAAGAAAAUGGUAUGUUUGCAAAUAUAUUUUAAAAUGUAUUUCAGCGAUUUAAAAAAAAAAUUGUGACCCAGUUAAUCAUAUAUAUGCU